AUGGAUUAAAAAAUGUUUUUCCUAGUAUUGGAACCUGCUCAGACAAAGACCUUCUAAAAAUUGCCACGUUUACAGAAGAGAAGACUUUUCAAAGAUUAGAAAGAAGCUGUAACAAUAGGUGAGAUCUUAGCCUAUAUAAGAAAAUAAUUGAAUAAAUCUAAAUAUACUUCUCUAAUUAUCUAUGCUCUGGAUUAUAUUUAUGACAAUAAGGGAUUGCUGACAGACAAGAAGGAUGGACAUCUUUAUCUAGUCUAUAGUUAAGAGGAUAUAUUCGGCUGA